AUGAAUUCCUUCGUGGUGUCGAAAGGAAAACACUUCUUUUUGAGCAAUGUGGUUCACUUUCAAGCAAAACCAAUCAAGGCGUCCUUCUUUAACGUAUCAUUGGGGUUGAAGCUACCUACAUCUUCUAGUUUCAGGACCUCGAGAUAUUUCUCUCAGAAUUCCAGAGCUAAUAGCUGGAGAAGUAUAUUCGAUGGCUCUAGCAGCAGCCGUUAUGCGAGAUUGAACAGGUUUCAGCAAUUUCAAAAUGGCGGAAACAGAAACCAUGGGUUUCCGGGUAGCAAUAAUCUUCGAAAUGUAACUAUUGCAGGCGCUCUUUUUGUUGGUGCAACUUUUAUUGGGACGCCGUUUUUAUUUCAGUACGUUCCACCCUUCACGUACUUCCGAUCUCACCCCACUCACUUGGUAUACGGAUUACUAGGUUUGAACGUAGGCGUUUUUGCCCUGUGGCACGUACCCAGGUGUUGGCGUUUCUUGCAGAGAUAUAUGCUGUUGGAAAAAGAUCAUAUUUACAGUAAGUGGUCACUGGUAGGAAGUGCCUUCUCUCAUCAGGAGGCCUGGCACUUAGGUAUGAAUAUGCUUGCACUGUGGUCAUUUGGUACAAGCUUGGCUACUAUGCUAGGUCCUGCGAACUUCAUGUCUCUUUACUUGAAUAGCGCUGUGCUGGGCUCUUUGCUUUCGUUGUGGUAUCCACAUUUGGCUCGCAUAUCAAUGAUGGCACCUAGUUUGGGUGCCAGUGGAGCGCUUUUUGGUGUUUUCGGGUGUUUCUCAUACUUGAUACCACAUGCAAAAAUUAUGUUAUUUGUAUUCCCCAUCCCGGGGGGUGCUUGGAUCGCAUUUUUGGGAUCGAUGGUGUGGAAUGCUGCAGGAUGCGCUUUGAGAUGGGGAUCUUUUGACUACGCUGCCCAUUUAGGAGGUUCUCUAGCUGGGAUCGUUUAUGCUUACUUGAUAUCGGAGCAGAUCAAAAGACAAAAACAGCGCCAGUUGAGUGGCUUCUCACUUUUUUAA